AUGGCCACUCCACGGCGGUUGCCCGCGCAGGCCGCUCAGGCUGCGCGAAACUUUGCGACAGUACGAACCUACGGCGGACUCAAGGAUCAGGACCGUAUUUUCCAGAAUCUUUACGGCCGGUUGCCCCCGACGCUGGCUUCCGCGAAGAAGUUGGGCGAUUGGCACAAGACGAAGGAGAUCAUUCUCAAGGGACACGACUGGAUCAUCAGCGAGGUCAAGGCCUCUGGUCUCCGUGGACGUGGAGGUGCCGGUUUCCCUUCAGGAUUGAAAUGGUCAUUCAUGAACUUCAAGGACUGGGACAAGGACGACAAGCCGAGAUAUUUGGUCGUCAACGCCGAUGAGGGCGAGCCCGGAACCUGCAAGGACCGCGAGAUUAUGCGAAAGGAUCCCCACAAGCUUAUCGAGGGCUGCCUCGUCGCCGGCAGAGCGAUGAACGCCACCGCCGCCUACAUUUACAUCCGCGGCGAGUUCGUCCACGAAGCUGCCGUUCUCCAGAACGCCAUCAACGAGGCAUACAAGGAUGGAUUGAUUGGCAAGAACGCCUGCAACUCUGGAUACGACUUCGACGUCUUCAUCCACCGUGGUGCCGGUGCCUACGUCUGCGGUGAGGAGACCUCCCUCAUCGAGUCCCUCGAGGGAAAGCCCGGAAAGCCCCGUCUCAAGCCCCCUUUCCCCGCUGCUGUCGGUCUUUUCGGAUGCCCUUCCACCGUCGCCAACGUCGAGACUAUCGCUGUCGCCCCCACCAUCUGCAGACGUGGUGGCAACUGGUUCGCCGGCUUUGGCCGUGAGCGUAACCAGGGCACCAAGCUCUUCUGCAUUUCCGGUCACGUCAACAACCCCGUCACCGUCGAGGAGGAGAUGUCGAUACCCCUGCGCGAGCUUAUCGACAAGCACUGCGGCGGUGUCCGUGGUGGCUGGGACAACCUUUUGGCCGUCAUUCCCGGUGGCUCUUCCACCCCUAUUCUUCCCAAGAGCAUCUGCGACAACCAGCUUAUGGACUUUGACGGUCUCAAGGACAGCCAGUCCGGUCUCGGUACUGCCGCCGUCAUUGUCAUGGACAAGAGCACCGACGUUGUCCGCGCCAUUAGCCGUCUCUCCCACUUCUACGCCCACGAGUCCUGCGGUCAAUGCACGCCCUGCAGAGAGGGUAGCAAGUGGACCGACCAGAUCAUGAAGCGUUUCGAGAAGGGCCAGGGCCGGCCACGCGAGAUCGACAUGCUUCAGGAGCUCACCAAGCAAGUUGAGGGUCACACUAUUUGCGCUCUUGGCGAGGCUUUCGCCUGGCCCCUCCAGGGUCUUAUUAGACAUUUCCGCCCCGAGCUUGAGAAGAGAAUGGAGGAGUACGCCGCGCUGAACGGCGGUGCUAACGCUCUGGGUGGUGGUUGGGAGCCGACUGCCCGGGCUCAGGGCAAGCUGGUUUCACCGGGACACUCGGGACUCGGCUGGCUGCACCACCGGCCAAAGAGACUCCUCCGAAGAACGGCGGGCGGGGGUUUCUGUAAACUACCGUCUCCGAUUUCUUUGACCGCCCCCCGUCUACCCACGACAACUCCCUCGGCCGGUUGGAGAUUCGGAGAAAGUUUCGCCGAGAUGACUUCUUUCACUUUUGACCAGUUUGUCGCCUUUGGGUCUGACAGUGCCGGCCUCGAACGCAUCCUCCGUGGCCUCCAAGCCCUCACCGCAAUCUUCUCAGCAUACCCAUCCCUCGUGGCCCUCGCCCUGCUAGACGCAGACCCACCAUUCCUCGAAGCCCUCGGCCCGCUACGAGGCCACCUCAACCUCACGCGCCGCUUCAUCCGCUUCUUCUGGUUCCUCAACUCGUUUGGCACGUCGUACAAUCUUUUCACCUCCAUCUCCUCGUCUCCAUCUUCGCCAGCCAAGAAGAGCCAGGGCGUGGGUCUGGAGACCUGGCUCGACAUCAUCAAGUUCACCCUUCUCGGCCUCUACGGUGGCCUCGAGUCCCUCACCCUCCCGGAACUCCUCGGCGUCCCGCAGAUCGCCUACUUUGGCGCCGAGCGCACGCGGGCGCUGAACGUCGAGGCGCAGCGGUUUUGGCUUCUUGCGUUGGCGGCGGGCGUCUUUGCGAAUUUGACGAGGGUGCUCAAGGCUUUUGCGUACGCGCCAGUGCCGCAGCAUGGGCAUGGGUACGGCACGGGGGAAAAGCCGGUUGAGAAGAAGGCUGCCGUUGAGGGAGGUGCUGAGAAGGAAACUGCUGCUGCUGCUGCUGUUAUCCCUGACGAAAAGAAAGGCGAUGAGGGAGGAGAGGACGAGAAGCUUGAUUGGGAGGCUGAACGUACUCGUCUCCGGGCUAUUGUCAUGAAGCGACGGGAGGAUAGGAAGCGGUGGCAGAGGGAGGUCGCGGCCAAGGUCAAGAGCCUUGGGCGCAAGAUCUUUUCCGACUCGUUGGAUUGCCUUAUUCCGGGCGUGAUUCUGGGCUGGGUCAACGUUCAGCCGGGAACUGUUGGGAUUGCCAUGUUCAUCACUACCAUCUUGAGCAGUAGAGAUAUUUGGGAUAGAUGCGGUGCGACUGUUAGUCAGAGAAGGAGCUCCUAA